GCUUCGCUUGUGUGAAAUGUGCAUGCGUGAAAGAGAAAGAUAGUGAGAGGGAGGGCGAAUGCUGAAGACGAAUCCAAAGAUGAGGCUCUGGUGCGCGUGAGUGGCCAUGGCUCCAGGCGAUGUGGCGACGGAGCAGGGCAAACAACAGCAGCAGCAGCAGCAGCAGCAGCAGCGGCUGAAGGAGAAGCGCCCAGUGCGGCGCCCGGAGGGCGACUGCGAGGCCGACGGCACCUUCGUCUUCCAGGCCCAGGAGGCUUGGAAGGACUUCCACAACUCACUGCGGCAGUUCUACGAGGCCGGCGAGCUUUGUGACGUCACGCUGAAGGUGGGCAGCCGGCUGAUCCCUUGUCACAAGCUGGUGCUGGCCUGUGUCAUCCCCUACUUCCGGGCCAUGUUCCUGUCGGAGAUGGCCGAGGCCAAGCAGGACCUGAUCGAGAUCCGCGACUUUGACGGCGAGGCCAUACAGGACCUGGUGACCUUUGCGUACUCGUCGCGUCUGUCGCUGACGGUGGACAACGUGCAGCCGCUGCUCUACGCUGCGUGCAUCCUUCAGGUGGAGCUGGUGGCGCGGGCCUGCUGCGAGUACAUGAAGGCCCACUUCCACCCGUCCAACUGCCUGGCUGUGCGAACAUUUGCCGAGAGCCACCACCGCGUCGACCUGAUGGCCAUGGCCGACCGCUACGCCUGCGAACACUUUGGCCAGGUAGUGGAGAGCGAGGACUUCCCAGCCGUCUCUCCACAGCACCUGCGCACGCUGCUGGCUUCGCCCGACCUCAACAUCCACUCGGAGACGCAGGUCUACCAAGCCGCCAUCAAGUGGCUCAAGGCCAACCCGCAGCACCACAACGACUGGCUGGACCAGAUCAUGUCACAGGUGCGUCUACCGCUGCUGCCAGUGGACUUCCUGACGGGUACAGUGGCCAGAGAGGAUAUGAUCAAGAACAGCCUGAGCUGCCGUGAUCUGCUGGACGAAGCCCGCAACUACCACCUGCACCUCAGCAACAAGAGUGUGCCGGACUUUGAAUACACAGUCCGUACCACGCCACGGAAACACACCGCGGGUGUGCUAUUCUGCGUGGGCGGCCGGGGUGGUUCUGGAGACCCCUUCCGCAGCAUUGAGUGCUAUAACAUCAGCAAGAACAGCUGGUUCUUCGGCCCGGAGAUGAACAGCCGACGGCGCCACGUUGGAGUCAUAUCAGUCGGAGGGAAGGUCUAUGCAGUUGGCGGUCAUGAUGGAAGCGAGCAUCUGGGCAGCAUGGAGAUGUUUGACCCACUCACAAAUAAGUGGACAAUGAAGGCUUCCAUGUACAUCAAGAGGAGGGGCAUAGCCCUAGCAGCUCUGGGCGGCCCCAUUUAUGCCAUCGGGGGUCUGGAUGACAACUCAUGCUACAGCGAUGUGGAGCGCUACGACAUCGAGGCGGACCGCUGGAGCACGGUGGCUGCCAUGAACACGCCUCGUGGAGGAGUGGGCUCCGUUGCCCUUGGGAGUCAUGUGUAUGCGGUGGGAGGGAAUGAUGGCAUCGCCUCCCUGUCCAGUGUGGAGCGGUUCGACCCUCACCUCAACAAGUGGACACACGUGCACGAGAUGGGCCAGCGGCGGGCCGGUAACGGAGUCAGCGAGCUCAACGGUUGCCUCUACGUCGUGGGUGGUUUUGAUGAUAACUCCCCAUUGAGCUCAGUGGAACGGUUCGACCCCCGUGCGCAUCGCUGGGAGUAUGUCGCCGAGCUGACCACCCCCCGCGGCGGAGUGGGUGUGGCCACGGUGAUGGGGCGCGUCUAUGCUGUCGGUGGACACAACGGGAAUAUCUACCUGAACACCGUGGAGGCCUUUGAGCCCCGCAUGAACAGGUGGGAGCUGGUGGGCUCAGUGUCCCACUGCAGGGCAGGGGCGGGCGUGGCCGUGUGCUCCUCCCACAUCAGCCAGAUCCGAGACGUGGGCCAGGGCUCCAGCAACGUGGCCGACUGCAUGUAACCCCCCACACACUCACCUGCACAACCGCACUGGCCGAGCACAUACCUUUACCAGAGCACACACACACACACACACAAACACAAUGCCAUAUAUACACACACACAUAAACAAAGACACAAUCACAUGUACAUACAUACACAGGCAAUCACAAAUAUAGCACUGUCAUUCUUUAAACAUGCUCACACAAUCAGUAUAAGUGUUGACUGUCAGUAAUGCACACACACACACACACACACACACACACACACACACACACACACACACACACUCACUCACUGUGACUGAAGCAUUUGUGGGAAAAAAGUGACGUUUGGUCUUGUGGACUGACACACAUGGGUGUUCCUCCAAAAUGUACUAUCACUUAUAAUGCUCUGACAAAAAAAAAAAAAAAAAAAAAAAAAAACCACACACACUAUUUCACUCUAGUGCUGUGCUCUGCUGUACUCUGUGCUGUAGUCAUUUCCAGGCUAAGCUCUUGCUUCGCAGUAGUCGUGGGGAGUCGAAUGCGAAGCUUCCUGACUGAUUCCUGAACAUUCCUCAGUACCGCAGGGUGUUGGCUGGUAAGCUGUCUGUCUGCAGUAGCCUCGCUGUGCCAAUGAAGACAAGGUCAUUCAGUAAACUCCCCAAAUUGAAAUGGCCACAAAUAGCACAGGUGACCCAUUCACUCCCCUGCCUGUGCUCAGACAGGGAGACAGACAGACAGACAGACUCCCUGGCAAUGGAUCUUAGCUGACUCGGACAUGCUUUCCACCUUUUCGCUCUCUGCUUGCGUUAAAAACAAUCAUAGACGUGAGACACGAUGGCUAGCAAAAGAGAGAGAUGGCAACGCAGACUGGUGGUUGGAAGGUGCAAUGCGAAAACUUUGAAACUUUAAACACGGUUAGUCUUAGAACCUAAUACUGCCAACACGUUCUGCAAUAAGAGAGGCCUGUGACUGGCUGACAGUGCUGGACGAGGCCGAGGUGCCAGAGGCCUUUGGGGCCGACCCCACUGGCUGGUCUCUCCUCUCGGCACUCCCGAGGUGCGGUCACCUCAGAGCCCAUGUCACACACUCGGGGCCUUCCACGCGCUCAGAGAUCUUUUAAAAAGAAGAAGAAGAAAAAAAGAUAUUAUUCUGCACUGGUACUGUCAAAGUCGUCACUCAUUGUGCACUAUUUUCAUAGGAUAGAAUGGAUAUUUGAAUAUUUUUUUGUCUUUGUCAAAGAUGCUUUGAAGAGAAAUGAACCAUGCUAUUUUUUGGAGAUAUUUUAUCAGCGAUGUUUACUUCCCUCUCUGGAUUUGCUCUUAACUCUUCUGCCAUGAUUUGCAUGCGUGAGGAAACGAGGUUAGUUUCCCCCAGCGUAUCUCACUCAAGACAUUUCCUGAGUAAUUCUAUGGGCUUGAUUUUAUUUUCCCCCUUGGACUUUAGUGUUGCUUUGGUGAGACUAAAAUGGUUGUCGUCUCACUCCUUGUUUGGUUUUUUGCUUUGGUGUACCUCUGCAUUUUUGCGGUCCCUUUCCAUACCCAGGCUCACGAGCCAUGCUGCUGUGGGUUUUUUUGUGCAAUCAAUGACAACCUGACUGACUGUUGUGAUAUUUUAUUUUUACUUUUUGUUUUUUGCAUUUGCCAGCUAACCUCAGUGCCGCCAUGUUCCUUUUGUUUUGUUUUGUCGUUUUUAUUAUCCUGUUAACCGUGCCAGUAAACCUCCUCUCCUCCUGUCUUCCCCCCCAUUCAGCCACUGCAGAGGUGGGCAGUAGGUUGUGGUGAGGCCUUGUGAAUAAAGUCUUAUCCAGUAGAGGAGAGUAGAGGGAUUAUUGAAAGCUUGAACUGUGUUUUUCUUUUCUUUUCUUUUUUUCUUUUUUAAAAAAACCUGCUCACAUGCCAGAAAUGAGACUGUUGUGUGGUCUCAUCCAGAAGUUCUUCCUAGUAGUGGUCUUCUUUUGAAAGCCUUCUCAGCUUAUUCUCAUGAAUUCAUUGCAGUUGUUCAUGACUUUUAUCUGUCUCAAGCCCAUCAAUUUGGAAUCCCAUAAAAAAACAACAGCUGUCACUGAUCAAUCAAGUGAGGAUAUACAUAAUAUAAAUAUUUGUGGUAAAGAUUCAUAUUGUUAUCCUAUAAUUUACAGGACUUGAUUAUUUGUGUGUGACACUUGGGUGAUUUUGUGAUUCCUACCAGGAAAGGUGGGUGGUGUGAUCUAAAGAGUGGUGUAAUGUACCUCUAAAUUAUCUAGUGGACAGGUAGAGCUUCAGCUGUUUGUUGUUUUUAGAUGUACAGCUACCAUGGCACUAGCUAGAUUUUCUGAUUACAAAGACCUGUUGUAUCUUCUCUGGUCACUUCAGCAGAGCAGGGCAUCCCUGGAGUGAUGUUUUGUAAACAUGUAAUGCUUUCGUACUGGUUUGAUAUUGUAUCUGUGUUGUAUAUUUUUGCUUGAAUUUGUUAUGCUUUUUCAUUUCUUUGUAUCGUCUUAAUAAAGAUAAAUAUUGAAUAUG